CCUGUUUGUUUGAAGAAGCAAAACUGACAGUAGAGAAUGGCCUAAUUUCACGCCAGAAGUCCGUGUUUUCUCUCAAGUUCUUGCAGAUGGGGAGAGAAGCGGUGGGUUCUGUGCCUUACUCAUCGGCGGCGACAUAUGAUGAGAGAACAGGAAACUCGAUGUCUGAUGACGGCAGCGUGAGGAAGGACAUCGGCGGCGACGUCAGCUGCCCGGAAAGAUGUAAGCAGGCGGAAGAUGAAGGACGGGCAUGGGCGGCGAGAGAGAAGACGCCAAUCAUGGCAACUGGUAAGGCUAGGACUUAGGAGCAAAACCCACCAUGAAGUCUCUUGCGUCAGCCUGAGGCAAGAAUGACCGGAUGCAAGCAGGCAGGAGACGUCGCAUGAGAUAAGCAUUAGUGGCUAUGGGCGGCGGCGGGAUUCCGAUUGGGCGAGAAAAGCUGCCCAUCGACGUGGCCUAAAGCUUUCAAGGCUUCCAAUUAGAGUGACAGAAGGCCCCACUAAAGUCAAACAAACUCUCAUAGUCGGCUGAACUACUACACCAAUCUUGAUUCACAGUCGGCGAAGUAGAUCACAAAUACUCCUUCUCUUCCCAGAAUGGGUGAUUGAUUCAUCCUUCACUCUCUCCUUGGAUUCCAUUCUAAAUUUCCAAUCCAAUCAGUAUGGCGGAUACUUUCUCUGAAUCAAUCGCAGCAUCGGCCCAGGCCUUCAAGCUCAUCCUCCAGGGCUUCACAUUGAUACCUAUAAUCCAUUAUGAAAUAGCUUUUGUGUGUUUCCUCAUAAUUUUCAUCUACAAUUUCUUAGAGUUUCAUUUCUUUCAUGAUGUUCUCACUCUGUUCCAAGGUUCUCCGGUGUCUCUAACAUACAAUUCGGCCUCUGAGAUUUACCACGGCGUCGCUUCAAAGUGUCGCCUUCUUCAUGGCAGGUACUUGGUUACACCUUGGCUCUCAAGUCCUCACGUUCAAACAACAUUUCUACAUUUCCAUGGAAGACCUCCUGCAGUAAAUUAUAGAAGAAAAUUAUUUCAUGCAUCUGAUGGUGGAACUUUUGCUCUGGAUUGGCUAAAGAGUUCAGAUGUGUUAGGAGGAUCAACAUGUGAAGAUAAUGCUGGUUUGAGGCAUGAUAAAACCCCCAUCUUGAUUGUAAUUCCUGGAUUAACUAGUGAUUCCUCUGCAGCUUACAUCAAGCAUCUUGCUUACUCCACUGCUGAACGAGGAUGGGAUGUUGUUAUUUGCAAUCACCGCGGACUUGGAGGAGUUUCUGUUACGUCUGAUUGCUUCUAUAAUGCGGGGUGGACAAAAGACACACGAGAUGUCAUCAACGAUCUUCAUCGUGAAUAUCCCAAUGCUCCUCUUUUUGUAGUUGGAACUAGCAUUGGUGCCAACAUCCUGUUGACUCAUAAGAUAAGAAAUAAGGCAGGCAUGCAGGCAUGCAGAUUCUUCCAUGUACUCGAGGCAAAUUGUUAUGAUCCAAGGCAUGCAUCAUGCUGA